AACAAUGUAUAUAUAAAAGCUAGAAGGUUUCUCACUAUCAGACACAGUGCACAAUUCUAGUCCGCUAAGAUAAGCCGUUUUUUCGAUCCGUCUGACUGUUAUUCGAUUUCUGAGUCCUGUUUAGUGCAACCUUGCAGAUUAUAUUUCUAUUCUUGAAUAAACCCACCGUCAAGCAACCAUGAAAACGUUCAUCGUGAUCGCCCUCGCUCUGGUUGUGGCCGUUGCCGCCCAGAACAAGUACACCAGCAAGUACGACGGUGUGGACAUCGACGAGAUCCUCAAGUCCGACCGGCUGUUCAACAACUACUACAAGUGUCUGCUGGAGCAGGGCCGCUGCACGCCGGACGCCAACGAGCUGAAGCGCAUCCUGCCGGAAGCGCUGCAAACGAACUGUGCCAAGUGCAGCGAGAAGCAGCGCGAUGGAGCCACCCGAGUGAUCAACUACCUGAUUGAGAACCGCAACGCCCAGUGGAAGACCCUGCAAGCCAAGUACGAUCCGGACAACACCUACAUCAACCAGUACCGCAGCGAGGCUCGCGCCGCCGGAAUUAAGAUCUAAGUGGUAACGCAUAAAAUCACCUGAAACGAACAAAGCAACAAUUCUCCUCUCUAUACCCCCAAAACAAUGAGACCAAAGCUCAAUAUGUUCGUCUCUGUUUUCGAUUGGAAAUCCAUCCCCAUCAUUGCCGGUGGUCGGGUCGCUCGAAUCCAGCGCGUGCGGAAACGAAAUUGAAAGUGUUAAUAAAUUAUGCAAAACGUUUAAGUUUUUACAAAGA